AUGAAUGAAUUUGACCCAUUUUUGAGUAACUACUCGCCUCCUAAUAAUAAAGAAAGUUUUCUCAAAUAUAUCAAUAAAACACCAGAUGAUCUCCUCCAAAAUAUAUAAAGUUCAAAGCAGAAUUCUAUGAAGAUGGCAAAUCAUAUUGAAAUUGAUUCAGAUAUGAGUUCUAAUCUACCUGGAAAGACCCAAAUAAAUAUAGAAAUGAUUUUGCUGCUCCUCAAAAAAGAUAAAUUAACAGCAACUAAGAUGCAAGAUCAAAAGUUCUUGAUUCUUGAACUUGAGAUCAAUUAAGGUUACCAUAAUAAUAAAACUAAUUAGGAGUUCAUCAUUUAGCUACUGCCACCCAUUAAUAAAUAAAAUUUUGACACAACUGAUUAUGAAGAAGAAUACUAAUUAGCUUAUGAUCUGGGAAAAGCAUAAUAAACUUUGAAAAGGUAUGAGUAGUUUAGAUAAAGGGCAAUUACAGAUUCAGUAUUAUAAUCCUCAACUACUCCAUAAACAGAUAAUCCUUUAAUCAGAAUAGAAAACAAAAGAAAAAAGUUAGAUUAAGAAUACUUAGGUUCGAAUUUCAAAGAUAACUAUAUCGCAAGAUUAAAUGAUGAGCAAUAUCAAUAUAAUUUAGAACUUAAAGAUCUUAUUCUUUAAAAAGAAGUACUUUAGUAAUAAUUAAUAAAACUUGAGGAUUUCAAAGCUCCAUAUCCAAAUAACAUCUUAAUGAAGAAGCAAGUUAUUUAGACAGUAAAGCUGAACUAGAAUUACUAUGUGGAGAACUCAGAUAUGAGUUAAUAGCAGACCAUAAGGACUGGAGAGCAUAAUGUGAAUUUGGAACUGAAUUUAGACUUGAAGAUGUAGAUGUAUAAGAACUAGAUUAAGAUUGAUGAGUUGUAGUAAAAGGUAAUUCAUUUGAGGAAGAGAUUAUAGUAAAAUAAUGAACUUGAUUACUAAGAUGAACCUUCUCAUGUUUCUCCGAAUGUUAAAUCUUUUCACUAUAAAGAAAAGUUCAAUCCUAAUUAAACACUUAAUGGCUUUAACACUCCCUAAACUGGAAAAUUCAAAUAGAUUCAUCCUUAAAAUAAAAUUACCCUAAAUAGAUCAUCAACGGCAAAGCACACCUCAAGGUCUAUUCAAUAGAAAAAAGAAGAUAUUUCAUUUAAAGUCCCUAAUAAUCAUAACUCCUUACAUCAUUUAAACUCUAGUAACUCUACAAAUGCAUAAACGUUGCCAACUUUACAAAAUAAACUUAGUGUAAAUAAUGAACUGACUUAAUCCUCACUAGUUCCUCCUCUUAAUUUUAAUUAAGAUAAGAUUCCUCUCUCUCUUGAACAAUAGAGACAAUUGCUUAUGGAUAUUGAAAAAAAGAAGCUUCAAUCAAGAUUUGAUGAAGAUCUAAUAAACUCGAGGAUAAAGAUAGACCAGUAUUUAUUGGAGGAAAAUAAAAAUAAUCAUAAUUUAUGA